GCCCACAUUGUUCACCACUCACAGUCACACCACCACCAAGAUUUUUUUUUUUUUCCUUACAUGUCAUAUAUGCUCGUGGCCCCUCUCUGUCUCCUCGUCUCUACACCCGACGUUUCUUCUUCUCAGUUGAGAAACAACACAGCCAUCACCGAUCAAUUCUCGCAUACACAAAAGAUACCAUCCGAUGGGCUGUACCGUGAGGGCGAAGCACGUCAGACCGAACCGAAAGACCCGAUCCACGACGAAACCCGAACUCGAUCCGUCGUGUCUCACAGCUCUCUCGAGUCUCAAACAUCUCGUCAAUCGCCACCCGGGCCUUAGCGGCGAGGACAACAACGGUUGGGGCUACUGCACCGAGGAGCAGCUGGAGGAUCUCCUCCUGAAGCAUCUGGAGUAUCUUUACAACGAAGCGGUCUCAAAGCUCGCGUCUUUAGGUUACGGCCAUGACGUGGCGCUGAGAGCUGUGCUGAGCAACGGGUAUUGUUACGGCGGGAUGGAUGUUCUGACCAACAUUCUCCACAACGCGUUGGCUUGUCUGAAAGGUGGUGGUGGUGGUGGUGAUGAGGAUGGAUCGGAGGAAGAGGAUAAUGUGUUCGCUGAUCUGAGACAGCUGGUGGAGUACUCGCUUACGGGUAUGGUUUAUCUGUUGCAGCAGGUUAAGCCUCGUUUGAGUAAAGGUGACGCCUUGUGGUGUUUGCUUGUGAGUGAGCUUCACGUUGGGAAGGCGAGUACGGUUGAUAUACCACCGCCGAGCUCUGGGAAGGUUGUGAAAGGUGUUGUUAAUCCGCCGGCGGCGUUGACGUUGGAGAGAGAGAUUGAUUGUCCGAGGAGGUUUAAUCUCACGCCGUCUAUGAAGUCUUUGUUGAGAGAGAACGUUGAAGCGUUUGCUGCUGGUUAUCACGCUAGUAUGAAGCAGAAGAAGCAGUCUGAGGCUAGUGAUCGCGCUGCAAGCGAGGAGAGUGUUGUUAGUUCAGUGCUGGAGAAGUUCCAGGAUCUGAACCUUGAUGAUGAUGAUGAUGACAGUGUUGUUGAUUCGGAGCCUAAGGAUGUUGCUUUGAUAGGGCUGUUUCGUCAGGUUCAGGAUCUGAGAAGGCAAGUGAAGGAGAGGAAAGAAUGGGCUCAGAAGAAGGCGAUGCAAGCUGCGCAGAAGGUGAGUGAUGAGCUUUCCGAGUUUAAUUCGUUGAGGAGCGAGAGAGAAGAGACCUUACGUUUGAAGAAAGGGAAACAAAGUGGGGAGGAGGCAACCAUGAAGAGAAUAUCAGAGAUGGAGAAUGAUCUUAGGAAAGUGAGCAGUCAUGUUGACAAGGCUAAUAUGAUAGCGAGGACACUUGAGAACGAGAACGCAGUGAUCCGGGCUGAUAUCGAAGCUUCCAAGCUGAGUGAAUCAGAGUCGCUCACGGCUUGCAUAGAGGCGACGAAGAAGGAGAAGAAACGGUUGAAGAGACUUGUAGCGUGGGAGAAGCAGAAGAUGAAGUUGCAAGAGGAGGUUGCUGGUGAGAAAGAGAAGAUCAAGGCGCUCACUAGAUCUUUAGCACAGAUCACACAAGAGGAAAAAGAAUACGAGGAGAAAUGGAGGGAGGAGCAGGAAGCAAAGGAGCGUGCGUUGGCUCAAGUGGAAGAAGAACAGCGGUCCAAGGAAGCAACCGAGGCUAGAAACAAGAGAAAUGUUGAGAGCGUUCGUUUGAAGAUCGAAAUAGACUUUCAGAGACGCAAAGACGAUCUCCAGAGACUGGAACAAGAGCUGUCUCGGCUCAGCAAGGCCUCUUCCAAUGACUCGAGCCUCCAAUCCAAUAACACAAAGGGAGAAGUGGUGGUGUCUAAACUGCUUGAAGAGCUGGAGAGGCUUGAUGGGUUCUAUGAGAAAGAAGAAAACAAUGACCGGGAGUGUCUGAUCUGCAUGAAAGAUGAGGUUUCGGUUGUGUUUCUCCCUUGUGCGCACCAAGUUGUCUGUACGAGCUGCAGCGAUAGCUUCAUGGGAGGUGGCAAAGCGACUUGUCCUUGUUGCAGAGUUCCAAUUCAGCAGAGAAUUCGUGUCUUUGGAGCAACUUCCUAGUCAAAGUACUUCUUGUAUUCAGUGGUAUAAUACUUUAGUUUAAAACUUAUGGAGCUCUCUGCUUCAUGUUAACUGUGGCUUGGGUUCGAGGGUUUCUGAAUGACAAUGUUAAGCAUUUACUCUUUACAUAAAUUAAGUCUUUGGAUUCACAAUGUUUAUCAAAUAAAAUUAAAGCUUUUAGCUGAAAAUAACUA